GUUUAAAAAAGAAAAAAGAAAAAAAAUCUGUCAAGUCCCAUAUGCCUGAGAUACCCGCGGAGCUGUCUUUCAGCACCAUUGGCGUUACGUUGCAUUACUCAAACGCAUUGAAAUACGCAUCAAAGCUAGUGAAGCGGAUACAAAAUGCUGGAUUUAUACUGGAAAAGUUUUCUCUAUGUCUUAGUUUUCAUCUUAACGAGAGGAAAUCUUCAAGUCAGCACGGUUUCAGACACCAAUCCGGGAAUACCUGUACAGCAAGCACAACAUGGACAGCUCCAAUUGACAGGAAUUUUGGAAGGACUUGUUCCAUUCCCUGGUUUAAAAUCUAAUGGGAAUAAAAAUGGAGUUCCCAGAAGAAAACGCAACGUGUUGUUUCCCAGUGGAGUUAAAGUUUGUCCGCAUGAAACUGUUCAUCAGGCAGUAGCAAACCAUUUGAACUAUUUCAAACUCGGAGUGUGCCAAGAAACUGUGUGGGAGGCAUUUAAGAUCUUCUGGGACCGACUGCCUGAACGGGAUGAGUACCAGCGCUGGAUGAAGCUCUGUGAGGACGGGACCGUGAGCGUGUUUGAAAUCGGGACUAGCUUCAGUCAGUCUGAGGAGCACCUUCUUCUGGUCCAGAAUCGAUUGUCGUUGAUGUCACAAAACAGCCCUUGUCCUGAUGGUUCAUGCAGUCAACCCACUAACCUGUGGCAUCACUUGUGCAGCACUCAUCCAACAGCCUCUACAGCUGAACUUGACAAUACUACUCAAAGAGACGCAGCAGCAAAUGUUUCUCCCCCGCAGAUGGUCUCCGUUGAAGCAAUCCCGUCCAGUGAAGACACUGUAAAUGAGGAAACUGAAAGUAGUAUCACAAACGAGAUCGUAGAUAUCACAGAGAGGCCAGUGAGGCCUGUUGCAGAGCAGGUGGUGGAGCUGAGUAUUCAGCUGACAGGAGAGAGUUACAGCGAGGAUCUGGAGAACCCUGACAGCGUCCGCUUCCAGGGCCUCACUAAGCACUUCAUCUAUGAGAUUCAAAAUGCGUUUCAAAGGUUGCCAGGGUUCAAGAGUGUGAAUGUGAUUGGAUUUAGUCAGCCACAGGACCCAGAGAGCGUUAAUGCAGUAGUGGUUCAUUAUGGCGUGACCUUUGAAGUGGGCACUGGGGGAAUCAGCAACGAGACCCUGCACUUUAUUAACCUGCACUCCAACAAGGUAGAGGAGCCCUACCCGGAGCCAGAAGAGAGCCCCUCUGUGGUUUACACCAUCACUGACCUCCGCAAUUACAUCGCUGAGGCCCUCAGCAAGGAAGCCAUCAUCGGAAAUGCAACCUUAGCUGUGGAUCCAGACUCUCUUCAGCUUGUAAACGAGGAUGGAUCAUCAUCUCUUAAGGAUUCAGAAAUCACAGGCCCAACAGAAGAACCACCAGCAAGCAUGGGGAAUAUUCUGGCAGCUGAGAGACCUCCUAAUGGCUCUUCUUUGGAACUGAACAAAAAAGACAUCUUUGUGAAUGGUUACACCACAGGUGACAUCUACUUUGACAGUGUGCACCUCAAUGGCCUUUGGGUGGAGUCUGAGACUUCUUUUGCUGAUGAGAAUGAUGUCAUAGUGCUGGAGGAGAACCCCACUUCUGCAUCCCCGUUACUCACAGACCCAACUAUCGCAGAGCCCACCUCAGGGGUAGACAGUUCUGUCAUUACAUCCCAGCCAGGCACAGAGGAUUCUGAAAAUAUAGAAGAAGAGGGCUUCCUGUUCAGUAAUACUGUAGUUACUCUGAAGACACCCACAUCCAGUCCAGAGAAGGUAACCCCAAACACUGUGCUCAACAUUGAACAUCCAACCACUGUUGCUCCAUCUCCUGCAACUACCCAAGCUGAAGAGCCAACUGUGCCCACAUCCAUGACAGGAACCCUGGUAACAGUAGCUCCAGAGAGUGGAUUAAGUGAAGGAGCAGAAAUCACAGGGUCCUAUACCCAUACUGCCCUUCCAAACCAGAAACCAGAGGCUCCGAUAAAUACAGCAGAUGAGAUUCCCCUACCUGACAGCACACAUUCCACAACAACACCUUCCUCUGAUGCAGUGUCCACUGAAAGUGACACAGACAUACCAGCCACAGUGUCACCCUCACAAGAUCCUUCCACAUCUUCGUCAGUCGAUGAAGCUUUGAUUGUUACAACAGAAAGACCUGUGAUGGUCUCUCCUUCACAAUAUCCCACCACACCUUUUUCUUCAGAUGAAACUUUAGCAGUUGAAACAGAGAGUCCAGUCACAGUAUCUGCAUUGCAAGAUCCUACAACACCUUCUUCAUCAGAUGAAGCUUUAGCAGUUGAAACAGAGAGUCCAGUCACAGUAUCUCCAUUGCAAGAUCCUACAACACCUUCUUCAUCAGAUGAAGCUUUAGCAGUUGAAACAGAGAGUCCAGUCACAGUAUCUCCAUUGCAAGAUCCUACAACACCUUCUUCAUCAGAUGAAGCUUUAGCAGUUGAAACAGAAAGUCCAGUCAUAGUGACUCCUUCUCAAGAUCUUACCACACCAUCUUCAUCAGAUGAAACUUUGGUAGUUGCAACAGAAAGUCCAGUCAUGCUGUCUCUAUCUCAAGAUCCUAGCUCACCUUUGUCAUUUGAUGACGCUUUACUAGUAACAACAGAAAAGACAGCCAUUGCAAGCAAUCAGUUAUUUGAAGAAGGGUCUGGUUCUGGGUUCUUCCACUCUGGACAAGAGCCAGGCCCUGAUGUUUGGCCUUGGGUUCCUGUGACACCUGACCAUAUUUCCUUGUUAAGUACAAAUGAGGAACCCAAAGAUGAGUUAAUUCCUGAUUACAUCAUUGAUCCCCCGGAUUUUGUGGAUGAGAAUUUUAAUGAUGUCACGCCAGUAACUGAGGAUUCAUAUACUGAUUAUGAACCCCCAAACAGUGUAUUUAUUGACAACAGAACACUUAGUGAGGACCUAGAUACGCAAAAAGAGCUUUUGGACAGAGUUAUUGCCACUGAGGAUAUAAGGAAUAAGCCUCACUAUACCACCACUGAUGUAGCCCCUGUUUUUUUGACAAUGGAGACGUUAACAGUGGAGCUCUCCAUGCAGACCUCAGAGGCCUCAAGUAAUUAUGACUACUAUGUGAGUGAGCCAAUCACCAUGCUCACCCCAAUCACUGAUAACACUCUCCCUAAUGUUCUGGAGGAACACACUACCAUAGCUUAUGUACUUGAAGGACCAUCUACUAGGGGGCAACAAUUUGUCACAGUCGGGGAUGCAUUUAGCAAUGAGGAAUUAUUGGAAGUGGUGACAACAACAGAGCUGACUACUACAGAGAAACGUCCAGCACAGUCAGUCGCCAUGGGUCCCAUGGUCACCUCACAUCCUACUCCAGGGGAACCACUCACAGAGCUAUUUACUAGAGAGGAGGAAGAAACAGAUUCACCCACUCUUACCCAACCAGUUACAGAGACAUCUACAUUAGGGAUAUUCAUGGGAAACAUAAUUACAGAAACAUUCACAGUUGGGGAAGCUAUUGUAGGACUGAGCACAGAGGAGCAACCUUUCCUAGAGCCAUUCAAUGGAGAUGAAGACCAGGGGGGCCUGAAAAUACCCAUCAGAGAACAGGUCACAGAAUCACCCGUAACAGGCAAUCCCACCAUCGAAAUCUCAAAAGAAGAUCAACCGGCAUUGAAUUUGUCUGACUCGCAUACUCUUGCUGCAGAUUUGACAAUCAAAGAGACACCAGUCAUGGAGUUAUUCAGCACUGUACAACCCACCACAGAGUCCCCCAAAGAUGAAUCACCUUUCACUAAACACUCAGCCAUUCCACCACCAAAUGUAGAAUCUGCUACCAUGCUGCCUGUGCUGACGGAACUGCCAGCUACAUUCCAUAACGUACCUGAACAAACUGCACUGUUCAUACCAGAUGAAAUCUCUACAGCAGAUAAUGUGUUUACGGAAAUCGCAAAUGUGCCAGAGGACAUUACUCAGAAACCGGAUGUAGCUCAUACCCCUAGCCAUCCUGUGACAGAAACUUCCAUUAAUAAAGGCAACAGCAAUGACGUGUAUCCAUUAACUACAACAUCUCCCUUGCUGCAGUCAACUACUGAACCCACCGAUGACUUGAUGGUAAUCUCAGUGUCAUCCACUAAGAAUCUCACCCAGCCACAGCUACCAGUUAUUCCUGAUGAAAAUGAGGCCAUCGGUACGGCAGUGCUAGGAAUACAGACAUACGGACCAGCAAUACAAGACAUAACCGACCUCGAUCAUCCUGACCUGGUCUACCACCACACGGGGGUUAGCCAAAUAGAGGAGGGAACCAGUGGGAAAACAGCAGUUAAUGUACAUGCUACAGACAUGGCGAGUGUGGCCAAGUCUACAAAUGGAAACAUUACUCUGCCGACACGGGCGCUAGUGGUUUUCUUCAGCCUUAGAGUGACGAACAUGAUAUUCUCUGAAGAUCUGUUUAAUAAAAGCUCUCCAGAGUACAAAGCUCUUGAGCAACGAUUCCUGGAACUGCUUGUUCCUUACCUGCAAUCCAACCUCACCAACUUCCAAAACCUUGAGAUCCUCAACUUCAGGAAUGGCAGCAUAGUAGUGAACAGUCGAAUGAAGUUUGCUAAGCGGGUGCCUCGCAACGUUACAAAUGCAGUCUACAUAAUUCUGGAGGAUUUCUGCAAUACUGCCUAUCAAACCAUGAACCUUGCCAUUGACAAAUACUCCCUGGAUGUAGAGUCGGGAUAUCAAGCUGACCCGUGUAAGUUCCAGGCCUGCAAUGAAUUCUCCCAGUGCUCAAUAAACCGCUGGUCGGGGGAGACGGAGUGCGUCUGCAACGCUGGCUAUUUUAGCGUUGAUGGACUGCCUUGUCAGAGUAUCUGUGAGCUUCAACCGGACUUCUGUCUGAAUGACGGAAAAUGUGACAUCAUCCCAAGCAAAGGAGCAAUCUGCAGGUGCCGUGUUGGUGAGAACUGGUGGUACCGCGGCGAACACUGUGAGGAGUACGUCUCUGAGCCCCUGGUGGUGGGGAUUGCCAUUGCCUCAGUGGCUGGCUUCCUGCUGGUCGCUUCUGCUGUCAUCUUUUUCUUGUCUAGGACCCUGCGUGACCAGUACAGCAAGAAUGACAUAGAGGAUCCUGUCAGGUUCGGGGACAGCUUGGCGUCCAUGGAGAAGGCAGUGAAGUACAACCCCAUGUAUGAGAGUGACACCACCACCAGCUACAGUCACUACUACAGGCGCUACCCGCAUAUUCCUUCAUACAGCUCAGCCAGUGCUGACGCCUCCACAGACUUCAGCAGCGAGGAGAUCCGACACAUCUAUGAGCACAGCGAGCUCACCAGGGAGGAAAUUCAGAACAGAAUACGAAUAAUAGAACUGUACGCCAAGGACCAGCAGUUUGCUGAGUUUGUACGGCAGCAUCAAAUUCGGGCCUUGGAUGUCAGACGAGGAAGUCAUUCCAGUUAGUACCACGGCAACCAUCUGUAUCCAACAAGGAAAAUGCCUUGGUAAAUGGAGGAAAGGAUGGCCUAUGCUGUGUGCCCUGAAAAAUGUAAUGUUUCUGCUGCCAUGGCCACCAGACCAAGGCCGUCGUUAUAGAAUGUCUAGCUCUGAAGUGUUUGUAUGUUUUGUUCAAUUUUGUCCAAUUUUGUCAAAAUCCAUUAAGAAAAAAAGACUAAUGUUGCUGUCCUGGUGAAUAAUACAGAAAAAUGCAUGAAUUUUAUGUGUAUGUUUUUAUUUUUUUGGAUGGAGUGAACAUUAAUUGUAUUGCUAUUUUUAAAAUGUGUAUUAUUGCUGUUCUUUAAUAUUGCAGCCAUUACCUUUUCUGUUUACAAUAUUUCAUGAUGAUUUCUAUACAUGUUGUGUACUUCCCCCCAUUGCAAGACUUCUCAGACAUCACAUUACUACAUGGAAGAUGCAUUUGUAUGUUUAAAAUAUAUGUAUCUGGGGGGGGUCCCGAGUGGCUUAUCCAGUUAAAGUGCUGCCUCUGGGAAUGCAGGAUAAGUCAGACAGCUUGAACGGCGCCGGUUCAUGUCCAGGCUGUGCAAAGCUGAAGGGGGCAUCACAUUGGCUCUCACACUCCCGGGUUGGGGGCAGGGAUUGCUUUUCCUCAUCGUGCAACAGCGAAUUCUACUGGCCACACACCGAACAUAUUCAUAGUGGAUAAAAAGCAGGGCGGUCUCUGUUCUCUGAAAUUGGUAGCCUGCCCACCUCUGCUCUGGAUUGCUCGACGUAAAAGUGAUUCUGGCUUUAGGAUUGUGAGACUGGAGGAUGCUCACAUGCCCUCAGAACGAUUGUGCUGUGUGGGGACUCGCUGCAGUGAAAAAACAUAAUUGGACAUUCCAAAUUGGGAGAAAAUAAAUAAAAAUAAUGAUUGGUCACUCUAAAUUAAAAAAAAAAGAUAUAUAUAUAUAUAUAUAUAUAUAUAUAUAUAUAUAUAUAUAUAUAUAUAU